UCAUCAUCCACCCGAGGCUGUUCCAACACCACGGGCUGAGGCCACUGCCACUCACCUCCUCCUGCGCGUCACGAACCUCGCGCCGCCUUUCUCGGGCGACCCCUUUGUCGACACCCAUUUCACAGUCUCCAAGGUUCUUCUUCACACUGCGCUUGCCGCAUAGCGUCGUCAUCAAGUCCUCCGCCGGCUACUUCGCACCCCGACCGCCGCCAAACCCCCACGCGACUCGACCAUUUGAACCUCGAGAGGCGACAACGCCUUCUUAUCCAUAGUCUCAGCCGUGGGCAAUAUGGCGGGCGAUUUCAAGCUGUCGGCCCAGCUCCUUGGCCAUGAGGCAGACGUAUGCCUUCCCUCUCCGCCCUCCCCCUCAUGACGCCGACAUCUCACACGACCCAUGGACAGGUCCGAGCCGUCAGCUUCCCUUCUCCCGACACGGUCCUUUCUGCUUCUAGAGAUUGCACAGUCCGCAUAUGGCGCCGAGGUCCCGGCUCUCCCCCGGCGUACGAGGGCACCCUCGUGAGUCGCGGGUCCGAGUACGUCAACUCCUUGACCUUUGUCCCCGCCAGCAAGUCUCACCCGGACGGACUGGUGAUAUCUGGCGGCAAGGACACCAUCAUCGAGGUCAAGUCCCCUCGCGCGGGCUCCACAGACAACGCCGAGUGUCUUCUCAUCGGCCACGCCCACAACGUGUGCACGCUCGACGUGGCCCCCAGCGGUGCCUACCUCGUCUCUGGCGGCUGGGACGGCCAGGCUCGUGUCUGGAACCUGGACAAGUGGGAGACGCAGUUUACGCUCGAUGGCCACGAGGGCAUGUCCGUAUGGAACGUGACCGCCUUGGACGAUACGACGGUCGUUACCGGCUGCGCCGAUCAAAACAUCCGCAUCUAUGACUUGACCAACGCCAGCGCAGGUCAAGUCCAGCCGACGGCGACCAUCUACACCCCGGCUGUGGUUCGCGCGCUGUGCAGGGUUCCCAAGGGACAUCCCAGCGGGGCCGACAUUGCCAGUGCCAGCAACGAUGGCACACUGAGGCUAUGGAAGCUGAACGGCCAGCAGGUGGCUGAGCUUCACGGCCAUGAGAGCUUCGUGUACUGCCUAACGAGCUUGCCAACGGGCGAGCUUGUCAGCUCUGGCGAGGACAGAACCGUAAGGAUAUGGAGAGGCCUCGAAUGCGUGCAGACUAUUACCCACCCGGCCAUAUCCGUUUGGACGGUGGCGGCGAACCCCGCUACCGGCGACAUCGUGACUGGAGCCAGCGAUGGUGUCGCGCGCAUCUUCACGCGGCGAGCGGAUCAGGUGGCUGACAAGGAGACGCUCGCGCAGUUUGAGGAGUCGGUAAGGUCAUCGUCUAUCCCUCAACAGCAAGUAGGCGGCAUCAACAAGGAGAAGCUCCCGGGGCCCGAAUUUCUGACGACCAAGUCGGGCACCAAAGAAGGUCAGGUACAGAUGAUCAAGGAGAGCAACGGCAACGUCACGGCUCAUCAGUGGUCCACAAGUCAGCAGCAGUGGAUCAGUGUCGGCACUGUCGUUGAUGCCGUCGGCAGCACAGGCAAGAAGGUCGAGUUCAAUGGCAAGUCGUACGACUACGUCUUCGACGUGGACAUUGAAGACGGCAAGCCGCCGCUCAAGCUGCCGUACAACCUUUCCGAGAAUCCCUACGAACGCGCCACCAAAUUCCUCAACGACAACGAAUUACCCCUAAGCUACCUCGACAACGUGGCCAACUUCAUCACCGAAAACACCAAGGGGGCCACGCUGGGACAGUCAUCGUCGGCGCAGUCGGGCCCAGACCCCUACGGCACAGAGUCACGAUACCGCCCCGGAGAAGACCAACAGGUUCACCAGCCCAAGGUGCUCCCGCAAAAGGAGUAUCUGAGCAUAACUGCUGCCAAGUAUGAGGCCAUCUUCAACAAGAUCAUCAACAUCAACAAGACCAUGAUUUCCUCGGGUCGCAAGGACGCCGCGUUGAACCCAGGCGAGGAAUCGGUGCUCCAGGCGCUGCGCGAAGCGCUAGAGUCGUCCAAGCCUAUUCCCCCGCAAGCCCUGGGUUUGGUGGUCCGGAUUGUGACGCAGUGGCCCUACGGCGACCGCCUGCCGGGCCUCGACGUGCUGCGAUGCGUCGCCAAAUACCCCGCGGCGGCCGACUACACGGAUCCGCAGCAUGGUACACUUCUCGACGUGGCCGUCGGCUCGUCGGUGCCGUCCGACUCGCCCGCCAACGAGAACGCCGCCAUGAUGGGGGCGCGCACGCUCGCGAACCUCUUCAGCUCUGCCAAUGGCCGCAGCCUCGUCAGCUCCCACGCUGACAAGGCCAUUUCGUUUCUGGAACGCCUAGCCGGCGUCAGGGGCGGCGACGCUAUCGGCCCGAUGAACCGCAACAUCCGCAUCGCGCUGGGCACCUCGGCGCUCAACCUCUCGGUCCUCGUGCACCGCGAGAAGCUCCUGUCGGCGGAGCAGCGGCGCCGCGUCCUGGUCCUCCUCGCCGGGAUGCUUGGCCACGACGCGGACUCGGAGGUGCUGUACCGCGCGGCUGUGGCGCUCGGCACGAUCCUGUCGGCGUCCAAGGCCGAGGCGGUGGGGCUGGACCUCACGGCGGCGGUGCGCAGCGCGAAGGAGCGGUGUCCCGAGGUGAGGGUCAAGGCUGUGGCUGACGAGUGUCUUGCACUGUCACGGUAGACCUGACUCUAUGGCACCUGCAUGGGGGAGCAGGACAUGGUCUUGCGUGGGAGAUGGAAUGGGGAAACUCUGAUAGUGGUAGACGGAUGCGCGCAUGCAUGUAGACACGGGACAUGGACACAUUCAUCUGACAGCGCUGCGUCCCACUCCGGAUACUGUUGAUAGAAUGAAUUUCCACAAUGCCGUGUCAACUCCAAACUGUGUAAGUCCCUGUGAUUAUAUAAAGAAACUAGUAUAGCAGACAUCAGACGGAGCCUCGCUCGUCCGUG